CAGAUUAAUUGCUUUAAAACUCGAAAAUGGAUAGCUAUUAGAUUCGUCUCGCCAUCGCCUCCGAUGUAGCCGGUCUCUAUGACUUACUCAAGGAGUAUGUCGUCGAACAAGAACUUGAGGAGGUAUUCAAGAACUCACGAACUAGUUUUGAGGAACAUUUCAAGCAAGUACUAUUCAAAGCGUUCGUCAUCGAGGUUGAGGAUGAAACAGAGAACCAGAGACAGAUCAUUGGAUGUAUUUUCUUUUCCAUCUUUUAUGAAUAUGUCGUAGGCGCAACGACUUUCCCUCACUGCUGCUAUAUCAGGCCAGCUUUUAGAAACCGUGGACUUGAGCAGAAAUUGAUCCAGCAUACCAAGAAGGUGUCUCGAGAUGCAGAUAUUAAUAACAUGUUGACUAUUUUGACACCACUGAAUGCCUCAUAUAGAAGAGCCUUAGAAAAUGAAGGUAUGGACAAUCGAACCAGUAGCAUUGGGAUAGAUGUCUGGAUCAUGCCAAAUCAAUCUUCAACAUCCACUCAAAAGUGUGACGAUUAUAUAAUCCGUGACGGCACGGAACAAGAUCUAAGCAAUGUUUACCGUCUCCUCGAAGAGUUGGCUGAGUUGGAGAAUAUUACUGCUCUUUGCAAAGUCAGUAAAGAAGAAUUCGAACGCGACGGUUCAGUCGACAAAGCACUGUACGGGUCCGUCAUCGUGGAACAUCGACAUCGUGUCGAAGACCAGGAUGAAGAGAGCGAAGUCGUCCACGACAUCGUGGGUUGUAUGCUCUAUUCUAAGAUGUACUAUGCUUUGAUAGGGCAGACAUAUCUCUUACAAGGUCUCUAUCUCAAGCCGGCGCAGAAGGGCAAAGGUUUAGGCAAGGCUUUACUCCGUGCAACACUACAGGCUUGCAAGAAACGCAGCGGUGACGGCUUUAUGAUCAUUAUACAAAAGGAGAAUAAGACCUCCCAAUCACUCUUCCGAUCAUUACACGCUAUCAACUUAACACAAUCAACACACAUUGAAUGGAUUCAAGUAAUAUUAUAAGAAAUACAGAUUGUAAAAUGAUUUAGAAAUUGUCUGAAAUAAACUAUUUACUGUACGUCUUGUUCAUAAAUCAGCCUGAGAUAUUAUGAGAAGCAAGAUGAUGGGAAGUGACAAUGGCCUAGAAAUCCUUCGACGUUACUCCACCAGUUAUCUGACUAUGAUUAGAGUUAAUCUUACCUUGAUAUAAUAUUGAUAUUAUGUCUAUCGAAAAUUAGUAUUAGAUUUCCCUAAACGAUACGUUCAUAAUUUACCUGAAGAUUUUAGUGGUGCCAUGGUUUUUCAUGAAGAAUAGUUCUAUUAAAGGAUAAUUAAUAAGCGGUUUAUUUCAUGUGCAUGUUUUGGGGAGAUAUCUAGACAAAGUCCAUUUCCCAUUAUUGUUUAAUAUUUUAAUGUACUUAUUUAUAUUUUAGUGAAAGAUUUUGCAUGUUAUUUACAGUACUUAUUGCAAAUAUAUGUGUUUUUGUAAUGUGAUUUUUAUGGAAAUAAUAAACUUAAUUGAAGGUAAUUGAA